AAUCCCCUGCGCCCAUGCCCCCAUGGAGGAAUACUCGUGGAUAGAUAAACAGACGGACAAACAGAGAGACGGACAGUGCCGGGCCAGUCGUGUCGUGGCAGGGCAUAGCGUGGUUUGUUUUGGGCGGCAGUGUUCAGUCCGCGUACGCGUUGCUCAGGGAAGGGAAGUGGUGUUCUGGCGCUCUCGUGUUACGCUUACCGAGUUAAAGUUUUUGGAUUAGCCAUGUCUUCAAGAUUGUUUUAUGGGUCCUGCAAUGUGGAGAAUACGCUCUCCAGUGCUGUCCAAGGGAAGAUGGGGAAAAAGAAGGAGGAAAGACAGCCUCUUCUUGUGUCAUCCAAUGAGCCAUUAAAUGACACAUAUGACAGGUCAGUCAUUCCACGUCCAGAUCUGAGACAUUCUCCUGAUAAUGUUGUGGUACAUCUUGCUGGAGGACCCAUGGAAGGGGGUAGCACACCUGAUGCAGGACAGGGACACCCUCCUGGAAAACCACCAAAGCCUGACUUCGACCCUGUACUUAACAGAAAUCUUGAACACCCAACCUCAAAUUUGGACACUAUGAUACACUUGCUUAAAGGCAACAUAGGAUCUGGCAUAUUGGCAAUGCCAGAUGCAUUCAGCAAUGCAGGUCUUGUGGUUGGAACUAUUGGCACUCUUGUUAUGGGGCUAAUUUGCACUCACUGCAUGCAUAUUUUGGUAAAAUGUGCUCAUGAGCUAUGCAGGAGAACACAAGUACCAGCUCUUGGAUUUUCAGAAGUGGUUGAAGCUGCUUUUGCUACUGGCCCUUCCAGAACUCGACAUGUUUCUCACAUUGCAAAGAUCCUGGUGAAUAUUUUCCUCUGCAUCACACAAUUGGGAUUUUGUUGUGUUUAUUUUGUUUUUGUUGCUGCCAACAUCAGAGAUGUUGUGGCUCAUUUCUGGGUUGACUUAGACCUUCAAGUUUACCUGGGCUUGUUGUUAGUACCUAUGAUUGUUCUUAACUGGGUUAAGAAUCUCAAGUACUUGGCCCCAGUGUCCAUGUUUGCCUCCAUUCUUACUAUCACUGGAUUGGGCAUUACAUUCUUCUACAUGCUUCAAGGGUUACCUAGGACUUCAUCAGUACAUGCAUUUGCUCCUUGGCACAAAUUGCCUCUAUUUUUCGGUACUGCUAUUUAUGCCUUUGAGGGAAUUGGUGUGGUCCUUCCUUUGGAAAAUAAUAUGGAAACUCCCCAAGACUUCAGUGGACUGACUGGUGUCCUUAACACAGGCAUGGUUAUUGUAGCCGCGCUCUAUACUUCUGUUGGAUUCUUUGGUUAUCUGAAAUAUGGAGAUAAAGUUGCCGGCAGCAUUACUCUUAACUUACCUUCUGGUGAUUUAUUGGCUCAAUCUGUUCGUGUUAUGAUGGGAUUGGCUAUAUUUUUGUCAUAUGGCCUUCAGUUCUAUGUGCCUUUCAACAUAGUGUGGCCAUUGAUCAAAAACCAAUUACAUACAGAGAAAGCCCAGUUGUAUGGAGAGUAUGCUGUUCGUACUGCUAUCGUCAUUUUCACCUUUAUAUUGGCGGCACUCAUUCCAGACCUUGGAGCUGUUAUUUCUCUUGUGGGCGCUGUGAGUAGCUCAGCCCUAGCACUGAUCUUCCCGCCACUGAUAGAAAUUAUUACCUUUUGGAAAGUUGGUCUUGGUCGAUAUAACUGGGUUCUAUGGAAAGACCUUGCGAUUGUCAUGUUUGGACUUCUUGGUUUUGGCUUUGGAUCUUAUGCUAGCAUUGAGAAUAUUCUAAAUGGUGGUAAAAGUUAAGUUAAAAGUUUGUGCAAUUCUUGUGUAACAUAAUGACAAUAAUUUUGUGAUCUGAUUAUUUCAGAAAAUGCAAGCACGACAAUAAUGAAUGGGCUUUAUAUUUUUAUGUGAUUUUCCCUGUGCCUAUGUUAUAAGUUGUUUUUGAUGAAUUUACUAGUGAUAUCCUGCAAGAUGUAAACAGAACAGUAUUCUAUUCUAUGUGUGUGUUGUAUACCUACUUGUACCCAAGGUAAAGUCACAGUUAAAAAAAAUAUGUCCUAUAGUUAUAUAUGUUAUUUUUCAUUUAUGAAUUAGUAGUUUAUCAUUGUUAUUUGUUUAGUUAUAAUGCAGGAUUGUUAAUGCACAUUUAACAAUUGUUUAAAAAUAAUUGUUGACUCUGCAUUGUGUCAAGAACAUUUUAAACCAAUCUCCUUUAUCUCUCUCUCUUUAAUUCACUGUGAUAUUUUUAGGUUUAUUUUAUAGGGUCUUGUUUGAAAUUUUUAAUAUUUUCAUUCAUGACAUUCCAUUUGCUUUGAAUCCCUUUUCGUUGUAGGUAAUUACGCUCUGUCAUUGUUCUAUCAGUUCAAUUUUAUCUAUUGUAUCUAUGUAUUUUAAGUGAUUAUGCUUGUGACUUUUCGUUAUCUUGAUUCCUUAAGAGUUUCAGCAUUUCCAAACAACUCUAGUAGAUGUCACAAGCUAUAAAGGGAAAUCAAAGAUGUACCUGUCAAUCACAGGAUGUCAUUCUUAAAGGUGACAUUGUUUUGUCAAUUUCAUUUUACAUUGCACUUUUUAUAUUAAAAAGUGCAGCUAUAAUAUAUUUGUGAAGUCUUUUAUUUAUUCUUUAUGUUGUUUUGAUUGGGAUGAGACAUCCAGCACAGAAAGAAAAAUUCUUACUCCUCUUGAAAUAAGAACUAUAUACUGCCACUUCAUGUAUUCUGGUAAUUAACUGAUGAUUUUGAGGAUUGUGCUGGUUCUUAGCUUCAAUUCACACCAAAGAUUAACUCUGGUUCUCUCAGUAAGUUAAAACACGGACAUUGGUAUCCUAAAUGGUGUGCAACAAUGCUGUGUCUGGUCAUCCAUUAUUGCUGUAUACUUACCAUAAUCUGGGUGAGAUUUUAUUAAUCUCCUGCAUAACAACUUAGGAGCUUAACACUCUGUUUUUGAUAUUUAUUUUUUAAAAAUUGUCAUAGAUGCAUAGUAGGCGUUUAAAUGUGACCCCUCUUAAAUUUAAAUAGAAAAGCUAAACAUUUUCCCAUCUAUUUUACCCUUUUUGACUUGUGAUUGUUCUGGCAUAUCUGGGAUUUAAAUCUAAUGCCUUUACUGUAAAGAGUACUAGUUUGGUAUAGGUCUUCAUUGUUUGUUUCUGCAUACUAUUUCAUUGACUACAAGAAAAGUGAAAUAUUUUAUGCUUCUCAUAUUUUUAAAAAAUCUUGAAGCUGUUCUGUUAAUAUGUAGGGUUUCAUAGAUGUUCCUAUGUGAGAGGUCUCUGAUUCAGAUAUAUUGUAGUUCUAGCUUUAUCCUGUAUUUACCGCUGGGAGAAACAUUUUGUGCCAUGUUCCUGUUCCGCAUACUUAAGUAUGAGCUAUAUUCUAUGUAUCAUAGACUGCAGGCGGUCAGUUUAAUUAUAUUAGUCUUAUGUUGUGGGUAGCACAUCCCAUGUAAUGAUGCUUGAUGCAUCUGGUUGAUAGAAAAACACCUUUCAUUUAAAGAAAAAUUAGCAGUUUUUUUUUCUUCCGUUUUUGAGACUGAGUACCUCAGCUACUGAUGUAUUGCAGAUCUGUUCUUCCAUAAUGACAAUAAUUGUUCACACUUGAAUUCCAUUAAAAGAUUAUAAGCAAA